AGAUUUAAAAAUAUUCGUACCUAUACGAAUAAGCUCUACCAAUCUUUAAAGUUAUAUUUGACUUUAUUUUCGUGUUAAUUAAGUAAUUUAUUUAUAUUUUAAAUGCAAACAAUAAAAUCAGCUUGACAAACAAACAAUAUCGUACACGCGACACAAGAUAAUAAACUAUGAGCGUGAUUUAAUAACUUAUGUACGUAUUAGUUUAAUGUAGACGAUUGUGUUGUUAAAACGUAGUGAAAGUAUUGCUUGAAGUAGAAACAUAUCUAAUAAUGAAAAAGUGUAAUAAAUAUAGUGGAUAUAUUAAAUUGUAUUUCUAUUAAUUUUUAACGUAAAAACAUCGGAAACAAGCUUUAUACUUCCUACUUAGAUAACGUUAAAUAACAUUAAAUAACAUAACUAGGAAAUAUUAUAGGUAAAAUUUACGCGUCGGAUAUUGCAUGCAUGCAUUGUUGAUGCAAAAUAAAUGGACACGUACUUAUGUAUAGAACAAAUAUAAAACACUAGAAUGUUAUUAUAUAGCGUUUUAUUCAAAAUAAGUCGGCAGACUGUCAACUGGGCCAUCUGUUGAUGGCACCUCGAAUCUACAAGUGGGUGUUCAAUAACAAACUUCUAAUAUUAUUUGCGACGGCAACGUUUUGCUUAUUAAUUUCAACUUUAGUUUUGUCAAUACAAAAUAGAAACCUUAAGAGAUCAAUAAAACUUAAGAACCAGAUGAUAAUCGGACAGAAAUCGAAUAGAAAAAUACUUGAACAAAUAAAUACUAGCAUGCCAGAGGUUGCAAGACUUUCGAAAUAUAUCAAACCUACUAAUUAUAUUUUAAAACUAUGGCCCCAUAUUAAAAAUAAAACUUUUGAAGGCAAUGUUACAAUUUCGCUUGAUGUUUUAAAAUCUACAGAAUUAAUAUAUUUGCACGCUAAAGACUUAGACAUUCAUUGGGUUAAAUUGAAAAACGCCUACAAUGAAUCUAUAUUAGUUACGUCCACUAAUAUAUUGAAGACUGCAGAAGUUCUUCAAGUAAAUUUGCAAAAUAAAAUUAAACCUAAUGUGAAUUACGAACUUGACAUUAUGUUUUCUGGAAGAUUAGAUGAAGGAAUCGUAGGAUUUUAUGAAAGUACUAUCAAAAACGGAGAUACUAUGGUAGCAAGUAAAUUCCAACCAACUUAUGCUCGCCAAGCGUAUCCAUGUUUUGAUGAGCCAGAGUUCAAGGCUACUUAUGACAUUACAUUGGUGAAACCUGUGGACUAUAUUGCUCUUUCCAAUAUGAAUGAAAUAUCUAAACAGAUAGAUUCCUUUACCAACACCGAAGCUGUCACUUUUGCGACCAGCGUUCCAAUGUCAACAUACCUAGCAUGCUUUGUCAUUUGUAACUUUGAUCACAAAGAAACUGAAAUCAUAGCUAAUGGUAUCGGAAAUAAUUUUAAACUGAGAUCAUUUGCACAAAAAGAUCAAACUCACAAGAUUGAUUUCGCUCAAGAUAUUGGAAAGAGAGUAACAGAAUUCUACAUCAAAUACUAUGAAGUUCCUUUCCCACUUCCGAAAUUGGAUAUGAUUGCUAUUCCCGAUUAUGUGUCAGGUGCCACUGAACAUUGGGGCUUAAUUACAUACAGAGAGACCUCAUUUUUGAUCGAUGAGGAGACAGCGUCAUCUAGAAACAAAAUCGGUGUUGCCAACACUGUUGCUCAUGAACUAGCUCACAUGUGGUUUGGAAAUUUAGUUACUAUGAAAUGGUGGGAUGAAGUCUGGUUGAAUGAAGGUUUUGCAUCAUAUAUGCAAGUGAAAUCUUUAAAUGCUAUAGAACCUUCAUGGACAAUGUUGGACCAAUUUCUAACAAGGACUUUACACUCAGUGCUAGUCAUUGACGCCAAACUUUCUAGCCAUCCCAUAGUUCAAACUGUUGAGACUCCAGACGAAAUAACUUCAAUAUUUGAUUCAAUAUCAUAUAAUAAGGGUGCGUCCGUUUUGAGGAUGCUAGAAGGAUUUAUUGGAGAAGAAAACUUCCGUUUGGGAGUGUCAGACUAUUUGAAGAAGUAUGAAUUUGGUAAUACCAUUACGAAGGAUCUACUUUCAUCCUUGGAACCCUAUUUUAAGAAAAACAAUCCCGAAUUAAAUCUAAUGUAUAUAAUGGACACGUGGACGAGGCAAAUGGGUUACCCAUUGCUAACUGUGAAACGGGGUGACAAAAGUAAUACUUAUGUCAUCACACAAAAACGUUUCCUCGUUGAUCCAAAUGCUGUGGUCACACAAGAUUCGGAAUAUAAAUAUCGUUGGUUUGUGCCAGUCACAUAUACUACUAAACAAGGUCCGAAAGCAAACAUACUGUGGUUCCCGGACAACGUUGAAAGUGUUACGCUGACUUUGGAAGAGGGAGAAGACUGGUUGAAGAUAAAUAACAAUCAAAUUGGAUACUACAGAGUAAAUUACACGGAUGAUAUGUGGCGAGACUUAACAGAGCAACUUAAGAACAGCAGUGAACAGCUUACAAUAUCAGAUCGAUCACACCUUCUAGAUGAUGUUUUUGCUCUGGCAGAAGCUCAAGUGAUACCGUAUCAAACGGCUCUGAAUCUGUCUACAUACCUAAUAGCUGAAAAUGAUUUCGUACCGUGGGAAACCGCUACCUCCAUCUUCGCUAUACUCUCCGAAAGGCUUUUGAAUACGACAGCUCAUGAUAAUCUACAGAAAUAUGUGCAACAUUUGGUAAAGCCUUUAUAUUUGACGCAAACUUGGGAGAAAACGAAUUUAGGUGUCAUCGAAGGCUUAUUGCGCACGCGAGUAUUGUCUCUGUCCACAACUUACCAACUGCCUGAUGCUGAAAAUAAGGUUAGGAGUAUAUUCCUAACGUGGCUAAAUUCACCGAAUGAAACUACCAUCGAGCCUGACUUGAGAGAUUUUGUGUACUAUUUUGGAAUGAAAACAGCGUCGCCAAAGGAAUGGGAUAAGUUAUGGGAAAUGUAUUUAAAUGAAGAAGACGUACAAGAGCAGGCGAAACUACGAAACGCCUUAUCUGCUCCUCGGGACGUAAACAUAUUGAAAAGGUAUCUUGAAUUGGCGUGGGAUGAGAAAUACAUAAGAAGUCAAGACUACCUCAGCGUGUUAAACGUGAUCAGCUCGAACCCGUCCGGUACAGCACUGGUGUGGGACCACGUCCGAGGGAACUGGCCGCAGCUGGUGGAGCGGUUCACGCUCAAUAGCAGAUACUUGGGUAGUCUCAUACCGGGCAUCACUGACACUUUUAACACGGAAUUCAGGCUACAAGAGAUGAAGUCAUUUUUUGCUAAGUAUCCUGAAGCUGGGGCCGGGGAAUCGUCACGUGUCCGCGCACUUGAAAAUGUACAGAACAAUAUAAAGUGGACAAGUACACACCAAGACGCCGUGUCGGCGUGGUUAGAAGAAAAAGCGAAUGAGUUACAACAGAGUUCAUAAAAUAUUGUGUUCAUAAACAUCGCAAGACUUAACGAUGAUAUUUACAUACUUAAUAAUCCUAUUUUAUGUAAUGUGCUACUUAAAAAUGAAGAAUCAAGCUCGUUAUUUAUAAACCAAUGUUAUGAAUAAAUGUUUUAAGCAAUAAUA